AUGUUCAAAAGUCUCAAAGAAAAACAUGCGGCAUUGUUCGAUUCCAAGCAAUCCAACAACAAUGUUCCAGAAAGCGACCGCGGCCAAGAUCUAAGCUCCAUCUUGGACCGGUCGCAACGUGCUGACUUGACCAUUCUUGUUGCUGAGGUCGCAGAGUCCAUGCGAAUUGGUGUCCUGGAAAUAUUCGAAAACCCAAUCCCAAAUUCAAAGUCAGACUCAAAGGAUGAGUCGCCUAAUCAGUCGAUUCCACGCAAGCCUCUUCCUACCGAGGAGACUGACGAAGACACACCGCCCCUGCCCCCAAGGCCAAACAACAUGACUGCAGGAAAGGGUGGCAGCCCACAAACUGAGGCUAGCAAGCCACUGAAACCGCAAGCCAAGGUCACUGCACUCUCCAUUUUCGAGGACUGGCGGGAUUCUGUACUUUUGCGGAUUGGCGAGGUUGUCAACAAAAAUGACGAUGAGGAACAGCAUCAAGCCUCGGAAGAAAUGAAGAAGGCUGCAAAGUCUGACGAACUUCCCUUUAAAGAGGAUGAACAUAGCCUGGAAAAAUUACAAGAAAUCUAUCACCCUGUGGAAACGCCUUUGAUCAAACUUCCAAAAGCAACAAGAUUGCUUAUUCUACAUUCGCUUCUUCUGUUGAUGCUCAGCUUAAAGCAUUACAGCGCCUACUCCCGAGUCUUGAUGUUGAAUGUCGCGUCUAGUUUGAACAUAGAUAUCAACGUGUUGAAUGAAGACGAAGUCAAGGUUGCACGUGGUCUGCUAGAUACGGCUUUAGCGUUGUCAGACCAAGAACACAAGAAGGAUCCCAAGAAAGACGACAUGAGGAAGUGGAAGGUUGGCAUCGCGUCUGUAGCCGGUGCCGCCCUGAUUGGUCUGACUGGUGGACUUGCAGCUCCUUUAGUGGCUGCAGGUCUUGGAACUGUUAUGGGUGGCCUGGGCCUCGGUGCUACUGCCGCUGCUGGAUACUUGGGUGUCCUGGCUGGUAGUAGUGUUGUUGUCGGCGGUCUCUUCGGUGCUUACGGAGGCCGUAUGACUGGCCGCAUGAUGGACAAGUACGCCCGUGAGGUGGACGACUUUGCGUUCCUCCCUACUCGGGGGCAGCGGUCUCGAGAUGAAAAAGAUAGUGAGGCAGCCCGGCAGGAUCAUCGGUUACGGGUUACCAUUGGUGUCACCGGAUGGGUCAAGGAAGAGUCCAACUUCACUGUCCCAUGGAAAGUGGUUGGUUCCAACUCAGAGGUGUUUGGUCUUCGCUGGGAGAUGGAACCUCUAAUGAACUUGGGCAAUGCAAUCUCGGCACUUGUUACCAGCGCCGCAUGGUCGGUUGCUGGACGUGAAGUCUUGGCACGCACCUUUUUCCACACGCUUAUGAGUGCUGUAAUGCUUCCGCUUGGUCUCUUGAAGGUUGCUGGUGUUGUCGAUAAUCCAUUCAGUGUCGCCAAGUCUCGUGCCGACAAAGCAGGUGAGGUGCUUGCCGAUGUUCUCAUCAACAAAGCUCAGGGAGAACGACCUGUGACUCUGAUUGGGUAUUCUCUCGGGUCUCGGUUGAUCUUCUCCUGCCUCCAAACUCUGGCGAGACGAAACGCCUACGGUCUCGUUGAGUCUGUCAUUCUGAUGGGAUCACCUACCCCAUCCAAUGCGGAGCACUGGCGCUUGAUGCGCAGCGUCGUGAGCGGUCGUCUCGUGAACGUGUUCUCUGAGAACGAUGCCGUCCUCGCUUUCCUCUACCGAACUAGCAGUUUGCAGCUUGGUGUCGCCGGACUGCAGAAAGUGGAGGGUGUUCCAGGCGUCGAAAAUCUCGAUGUGAGCGAGAUGAUCAGUGGCCAUCUACGCUAUCAAUACUUGCUGGGAAGAAUCCUCACCCUCACUGGGCUGCAAGACCUGGAUGCAAACGAAAUAGAACGGGAGGAGGCUGCACUUGCCGCCGAGGUCAAGCGACAGGAAAAGGAACUACAACAGAACCAGCGCGAGGCUGGUGUUAAAGACCCAAAUUCAUCUGCUGCGCGGGAGACCUUGAAUAGCCAGGAAGGAUUCGGAGAGGAUGUACGGCUGCAAAAGCAGGUCGAGACGCAGACCCAGGAGAACAUGACGAACCACCGGAUUGAAAUGCUUGAUAUGGACGAUGAUGAUUACUCGGCACCUCUGAGGGAAGAUCCUUCGAAGCAUUCGGCUCUCUGA